AACAGAAUUGCGGUUGAAGAUUCUUCUUCUUCUUCUCCCUUUUUUUUUUUUUCCUUUCUUUUGAGGAUAUUGGUUUUCCUUGCUGGACCUUGCAUUUCUGCAGUCCAAGAAGAUAACAGAGUGGGACUCAGUGACAGGCAUUUGCAUGGACCCCAAGGAAACAAGAGAUGGAGAAAGGUGGAGGGUCAGUAGACACAGCACAUUUGGUUCGAAACUACUAAAUUUUUUACAGGAGAAUAUGGUAAAGAAGCCCACACAGAAAUAUGAAAGGGACUUGUGAAAGCCAGUGUCGUCAUCAUCAUCAAAGAGCCAAGAAACCAGCAGCAGCAAGUACACUGAUGAUAAAUGUCCAGCUACUCCUCCUCCACCAAUAUCGACAUCCACAUGAGCUUCUUGGAAAAUCUAGUUCUCAUAAUUCGGAGCCUUCUAUAAGAUGGGGUUCCAGAGCGGCAGAGGAGCCACAACAACCCUGUCAUCAUCAGCUGCUAGCAGUAUGAGACCUUUGGCCACUAACAGUAGAAGUAAUGCCACCAUUGCCCAGUACAAUGCCGAUGCUGGGCUUUUAGCUGAGUUUGAGCAAUCUGGUGUCUCUGGUAAGUGCUUUAACUACUCAAGAGCAGUGCUUUCGGCUCCAAAUACUGUACCUGAAGAGCAAAUAACUGCUUAUCUAUCAAGAAUCCAAAGAGGUGGCCUUAUUCAGUCCUUAGGUUGCAUGCUUGCAAUUGAAGAACCCACUUUUAGGAUCAUUGGUUUCAGUGAAAAUUGCUUUCAAUUGUUGGGUCUGAGUUCACACAAUGAACUCGAGUCCAAGCAAGUAAAGGGUUUGAUUGGAAUCGAUGCAAGAACCCUUUUUACGCCUCAAUCGGGGGUUUCAUUGACAAAAGCUGCUGUUUCAAGGGAGAUCUCAAUGUUAAACCCGAUUUGGGUUCAUUCUAGGAGUACACAGAAGCCAUUUUAUGCUAUACUGCAUAGGAUUGAUGUGGGAAUUGUAAUUGAUUUGGAGCCUGCAAGAUCUAGUGAUCCUGUUCUCUCUCUUGCUGGCGCUGUGCAGUCACAGAAACUCGCUGUUCGUGCGAUUUCUAGGAUGCAGUCGCUCCCUGGUGGUGAUAUUGGGGUGUUGUGUGAUACGGUCGUGGAGGAUGUUCAAAAACUUACUGGGUAUGACAGAGUCAUGGUAUAUAAGUUCCACGAUGAUGAUCAUGGUGAAGUGGUGUCAGAAAUUAGGAGGUCUGAUUUGGAGCCUUACUUGGGUUUGCACUAUCCUGCCACAGAUAUUCCUCAAGCAGCACGUUUCUUGUUCAAGCAGAAUCGCGUGAGGAUGAUUUGUGAUUGCCGUGCCAGUCCAGUUAGGAUCAUCCAAAGUGAAGAAUUGAAGCACCCUCUUUGUUUGGUCAAUUCAACCCUUCGGUCACCCCAUGGCUGCCACACGCAGUACAUGGCCAAUAUGGGUUCCAUAGCUUCAUUAGUAAUGGCAGUUAUCAUAAAUGGUAAUGAUUCAACCAGGCUUUGGGGGCUGGUUGUGUGCCAUCACACUUCCCCACGCUACGUCCCUUUCCCUCUUCGUUAUGCAUGUGAGUUACUCAUGCAGGCUUUUGGGCUACAGCUCUACAUGGAGCUACAGUUGGCAGCACAGUUGGUGGAAAAGAAGAUCCUCAGGACUCAGACGUUGCUCUGUGACAUGCUUCUCCGAGAUGCCCCUUUUGGUAUUGUCACUCAAUCGCCUAGUAUUAUGGAUCUUGUGAAGUGUGAUGGAGCUGCACUAUAUUAUGGAGGGAAAUGUUGGUUGCUGGGUAUAACUCCAACUGAAUCACAGGUAAAAGAUAUUGCAGAGUGGCUGCUCAUCAAUCAUGGAGAUUCUACCGGGUUGAGUACUGAUAGCUUGGCUGGUGCUGGUUAUCCAGGUGCUGCAUUACUGGGUGAUGCUGUUUGUGGCAUCGCUACUGCUAGGAUCACUUCAAGAGAUUUUUUGUUCUGGUUCAGGUCUCACACUGCAAAGGAAGUCAAAUGGGGGGGAGCCAAGCAUCAUCAAGAAGAUAAAGAUGAUGGUGAAAGAAUGCACCCAAGAUCAUCGUUUAAUGCUUUCCUGGAGGUGGUGAAGAGCAAAAGUUUGCCUUGGGAGGUUUCAGAAAUUAAUGCUAUUCAUUCUUUACAGCUAAUAAUUAGAGACUCGUUUCCGGAUAUGGAGGACAGUGGUUCAAAGGCAAUGGUCUAUGCUCAGCAGAAGGACACUGAGAUGCGGGGGAUAGAUGAACUAAGUUCAGUGGCAUGUGAAAUGGUUAGAUUGAUUGAGACAGCUACAGCACCAAUUUUUGGGGUUGAUUCAGCAGGUCUCGUCAAUGGAUGGAAUGCCAAAGUUGCAGAGCUGACUGGAUUACAAACCAGUGAAGCAAUGGGAAAGUCCCUGGUUCAUGAAAUUGUUCACGAGGACUCUUGUGGAGUUGUUGAAGGUAUUUUGGGCAGAGCUUUGCAAGGUGAGGAGGACAAAAAUGUUGAGUUAAAACUAAGGAAAUUUGGGUUUCAUCAGCAAAACUCAGUUGUAUAUGUUAUGGCCAAUGCCUGCACAAGUAGGGACCAUGAAAACAACGUUAUAGGGGUGUGCUUUGUGGGUCAAGACCUUACAUCUGAAAAACUUGUCACAGAUAAAUUUCUCCGAUUACGAGGAGAUUACAAAACUAUCAUAGAAAGCCUUAAUCCACUGAUUCCGCCAAUAUUUGCUUCUGAUGAGAAUGCCUGCUGUUGUGAAUGGAAUGCUGCCAUGGAAAAGCUGACUGGUACAGGAAGACAGGAGGUGAUAGGCAAAAUGCUUCCUGGGGAGAUCUUUGGAAGUCUGUGUCGGCUAAAAGGUCAAGAUACUUUAACUAAGUUUAUGAUUUUAUUGUAUCAAGGAAUUACUGGUCAAGAAACUGAGAAGUUUCCAUUUGGGUUUUUCAACAGACAAGGGAAAUUUGUAGAGGUGUUCUUAACAGUGAGCAAAAGGGCGGGGCCAGAUGGGAAUAUAAUUGGCUCUUUCUGCUUCUUGCAGAUUGUUGAGCCUGACCUGCAGCAGACCUUUGAUGGGCUUAGACAAGAGGAACAAGUAAACUUUCUGAAACUUAAAGAGUUGGCAUACAUACGACAAGAAAUGAAAAAUCCUUUGAGUGGUAUUCGGUUUACCCACAAACUUCUAGAGGAUACAGCAAUAUCAGAACAUCAGAAACAAUUCCUUGAAACGAGCGAUGCAUGUGAAAAACAGAUUAUGACCAUAAUUGAGGAUAUGGAUUUAGCAAGGCUAGAGGAGGGCAACAUUGAGCUCAAGACGGAAGAAUUUCUUAUGGGAAAUGUUUUAGAUGCCAUCGUUAGUCAAGUCAUGAUAUUGCUGAGGGAAAGGAAUAUAAAACUAUUUCAUGAGAUUCCAGAGGAAAUCAAAACGCUGGCUUUGUAUGGUGAUCAAAUUAGGCUUCAGCUGAUCUUGUCAGAUAUCUUGCUUAGUGUGGUUCAACAUGCUCCUUCUCCAGAUGGCUGGGUAGAAAUCAAGAUUUCACCUGGUCUGAAGAUGAUACAAGAUGGUAAUGAAUUUAUACGUUUGCAGAUCAGAAUGACACAUAUGGGUAAGGGCUUGCCUUCUGCUCUCAUCCAAGAGAUGUUUGAGGGAGGAAAUCACCGGACUACACAAGAAGGCCUGGUGCUAAACCUGUCUCGGAAACUACUUAAUAAGAUGAAUGGUCAUGUCCACUAUACCAGAGAGCAUAACAAAUGUUACUUCCUCAUUGAUCUUGAAUUGAAGUUGAAAGGAAGACAAAAGGGGGAGCAAGCAGAUACAAGUAUAAUGGCCUGACUUUCUGCUCCAGUACCUUCUCUUGCUUUUUUAACUCCUGCCCAGAUGCCUCCAAUUAUGACUCAACGUCGUGAAUGCGUAGUAACGUGCAGUGGACCUGGUAUUAUAAUGGUUGCAGUCGCUUUUCAGUUUUAACUCGGUGCAUGCUGAUGCAUUACAGUCUCAACCACCUAAUUGUAUAUUUCUAAUUCCUAAUGAUGGCAUAAACUAUUAAGUUAGUGUUUAUCAAUGUUUACAUUCACCUUAUCUAAAUAAAUGUAUGGCCAGCAAGGUGUCGGAGUUCGUCAA